AUGUCACAAGCAGCCAAAAAUGUUCUAGUGAAACUUAUAGUCGGUGCAGGCCAAGCCGCACCAUCUCCACCGGUAGGUCCAGCCCUUGGUUCUAAAGGGAUUAAAGCCAUUGAUUUCUGUAAAGAGUUCAAUGCUAGAUCUGCUAACUAUCAAGUGGGUGUGCCUGUUCCGGUAUUAAUAAAUAUUAAACCAGAUCGAACGUUUACAUUUGAAAUGAAGUCGCCCCCCACAGGAUUUCUGCUUCUGAAGGCUCUUGGGUUAGAAAAGGGACAUGGGCAACCAAAUACAUUGGAAAGCUCGAGGACGAUUGGCGAGUUAUCAUUGAAACAUAUCUAUGAAAUUGCCAAGAUAAAAAAGACAGAUGAUAGACAUGCUUUGUUAGAAAUGCAAGGUAUUGUGAAAUCAAUCAUAGGUGUGGCAAAAAGUAUGGGUAUCAAAGUUAUUCCUUGA